CAUUGGAGAGGGGGCGGGCGGACCACGAAGAUGCCGAUGCGCCGGUGUCCGGAUCCUGGGGCUGUCUCGCGCCGCGGGGGCGAUGAGUGUUAUUCUCGGCGCCCUGAGACUUACCUGCUGGCUAUCCUGCCUCGUUCUCCUCAUCGUUCCGACCUCACCCCAACCUGGGGAUGAUGACCUUCGGCAUUCAACGGACGAUGCGGUCUACGACGAGGAGCCACCCCUCUCACCGGAGGACAGCGACGAGGAUUUCAUCGACGCAAACACAACAGAAAGAGGACUAUACCUUGGCUCACCGUGCGACCUCACCUGCAAUCCGGAACUUCAGCAUGUAUUCUGCGAUCCAAUUACUGCUCAUUGCGAGUGCGAAAAAUUCUUCCCAGUCAGGCUCGGUCCUGCGAAAGGAUGUGCCAAACCCAAGAAACUUGGUGAGCAGUGCUUUUAUCGGGCCACCUGCACGUUUGCCGAUCAGUACGCGACCUGCACCCAGGUUCAGCACAACGCUAUUUGCGAGUGCAAAACGGGGUACCACAGAGUCGCGCUAUCGCGGCCCAGCAAAAAAGUCUUCUGCGCCGAGGAUCUGGUGCUGAUAACAACAGACGUACCAACGCUGCUGGGCGUCGCUUCAGGCCUAGCGAUCUUUACGGCCCUAAUCUGCUUUGUCCUGAAACUAUUCAGCAGGGCGAGAUAUACGAGACCAAGACACUACGCGAACGCAAAUCACGCACCACCCAUGCUAUUCUCAAGCGAUACGGGUAUACCAUUGACACUCCACGGAGGUCGGCCGUCCUCGCGAUCUAGCCAACGCAGCGGAAGCGCCCUGGCCUCUGCGUUCUCCAGGAGGCCGAGCAGCGGCGGAAGUCGCGGGCCCCUGGUGCCCGCUUCGCGAGCAGGUGCGGCCCGGGCCGCCGCCAUCUUGCUUAUAUCGUGCCACCUCCAAGCGACAACGAAAGGUGGUGGAAACGGUGGAAACAGGCAUCGACGGACCCUUAGCGACGUUGCUGAGGGAUCCUCGGACGGCCUCGGUUCUCGUCGACCUAGCUUAGCCUCGAUUCACAGCUCGACAUCCUCCGCGCGUAGCUACAGCGCCCGGAGACUUGAACGCGAGAGAAACGAGAAGGAACAUCGACUCGCUCUCCAGGAACUCAGGCUGCAACGUCAACGAGAACAGCAACAGUCUGCGCCAACUCCAAGCCCCAGGACACCGCAUUCAACUGACGAACUACUUCCGUCGGUGGACGAGGUUGCCGAGCAAGUGCCAACAACGUCGGGUACGUCAGGAACAACGACAACAACACCACCGUUGGCUAAAGAAGCGAAUGCAAUAUCCACCUACAACGGGCCUUGCACAUCAGCCGACAGUUUUCAAGUAUAGCUGAAGAAGACUAAAAGCUGCGAUAGUUACGGUUCGUGUAAAUAACUGAUAAUUUAAAUAGGACUACUAUACAUAUAUAUACACACAGACACACACACACACACAGAGAGAAUUUUUCACUAUAAUUCUGAGCGAAUGUUUCGAGUCACUGAAAAAAUAUGCACUCGAAGAAAGAAUAAAAGAAUAAUAAUAGUAAUGAAAUAUAUUGUAAUAUUUGUGGCAGAGAGAAGAAGAUAAA